AUAUAAUCCCAGGUUAAUUAAGAGAGAGAACUGUGUAUGUAUAUGUAUGCAACCCGGUGGUAGAGAAUUGGAAGCCAUGAACAUCAAUUCUUUGUUAAACCAAGAACAAUCACUCCAAGAAAUGAAUAAUCAUCAAAAUGGUCAACCCCAGAUGUCAUCCCACUUCGAUCCCACGUCGUCUCAUGAUGAUUUCCUCGACCAAAUGAUGUCGUCUAUUCCAUCUUCGAACUCCAGUUUUAACUGGGAUGUGUCCUCCGAUGCGGCUCGAGCCGACCACGCGCUGCCUUCCACUCUUCUUAGCCAAUUUGAUGACCAGUCGGCGCAGUUGAUUUCAAAGCUGAGGCAGCACCAGAUCAGCAGCGGCGCAGCCAAGGCCUUGAUGCUCCAGCAGCAGUUGUUGCUGUCCAGAGGACUCACCGGGAACGGGCUCCGGACGCCAUCUGGGGCCUCCGGCGGCGAGAGUGGUCUUCUACAGAUACCUUUAAAUCUUACUAAUGGCGACCACGCCGACGUCGUUGAUGGGUCCUUCCAAUCUACUAAUCCGGCCGAUGAUGCAUCAGUGCAAGGUUUAUUCAACGGUUUCACUGGAACUCUUGGUCAAACUGCAAACCAAUCUCAGCAUUUCCACCACCCUCAGGCACAGAAUUUUGGUGCAUCAGCAGUUCCUGGGAUGAAUCAGCCAGCGGCAAGUGGUUCAACCGGCGGAGGGACUCCGGCGCAGGCUAGGCAGAGGGUUAGAGCAAGAAGAGGACAGGCCACAGACCCUCACAGCAUCGCUGAAAGAUUACGUAGAGAGAGAAUCGCGGAGAGAAUGAAGGCUUUGCAGGAGCUUGUACCCAAUGCUAAUAAGACGGACAAGGCUUCGAUGCUUGAUGAGAUCAUAGAUUAUGUAAAAUUCCUCCAGCUCCAAGUCAAAGUUCUUAGCAUGAGUCGAUUGGGCGGUGCCACAGCUGUUGCCCCUUUCGUAGCUGAUAUGUCUUCUGAGAGAAGGAGCAGUAACGGAACACAAACGGCGUCAUCAUCCAACAACAACGAGACCGUGACGGUGACGGAAAAUCAGGUGGCAAAGUUGAUGGAAGAGGAUAUGGGCACCGCCAUGCAGUAUCUCCAAGGGAAAGGGCUAUGCCUCAUGCCAAUCUCGUUAGCCACAGCCAUCUCCGCUGCCACGUGUCACUCCAGGAACCCUUUAGCCGCCACCAACAACCUCAACACUAGCAAAAAUCCGCUACUAAGCGGUGAGCACGGCGGGCCCACUUCACCUAGCAUGUCAGUUUUGACCGUCCAAUCAGCCGCAAUUGGCGGUAACGGUGCUGGAGAAGCGUCCGUUAAAGACGCAACUUCUUUUUCCAAGUGAUAUUUAUCUUCACGGCUUUCAAACGGCGUUGGCGGUUUUCUAACCCUUUCUUUUGGAAGAAAGUAAAGUGAUUGAAAAAAAGAGGACAAAAAAGUUGUAGUUUUUAAUUUUGUGGCCUGUAUGAACUUUCAACGUCCGACAAGUCUACCAAAAUAAGGUACCUUUUUUUAUUUCAAUUUCGAUGAAUGACACGGCGCCGUAUUUGGGUAGACUUGGCUUAAGUGUAUUUUAACUUGAGCUAAUCAACGGUGCAAAUGCCAAUAAGUUCUUGCUUUAUUCUUUUUAACUUAUUUGGAAAAGAAUUAUUUUUAUAAUUCA